CGCAAAACAAGCCAAUCACACAGGCGGUGUGUUCAGGGCUGCGGUUACCUACGCGACUUCACAGAUGUUGGAUUGGUCUAAAGCCCACAGCUGAAGCUCAAGCAUGCUAUUUAGAUCUGUGGACUGCUCUGAGGAGGCGGAGAUCUUUUUGUUGUCAUAGCCGAAGAUUGAACGCCGAUGGGUCUCAGAUUUUCACGCCUGAAAAGAAGUGAUUUUACGUACCAUCGAAUGUGACGCCGAUGCUAGCUAAGUUUAAAGGUGAUAAGAAAAAACCAACAGACCUUAUGAAGGCGGAGACGACGAGGCGCCCAGGUUUUGAGAUGUGUCCUGCCCAGACUCAGCUAAGCUUCUGUACCGAGUCUCUCUGGCGACCAACACAUGCAUGAGAACACCGCUGAUCUAGAUGGAUUACCCCGACUGACCUACUGGAGUUAUUCUCUGAGACAUAACUGUUAACUUAGCAACAAUGUCUGUCUCCACUGUAUUGGCAAAGGCACUGUUCGACAACACGGCAGAGAGCCCGGAGGAGCUGGCUUUCCGGAAGGGUGACAUACUGAUGGUUCUUGAACAGGAACAGGGUGGCGGGCCAGGCUGGUGGCUCUGCUCCCUGCAUGGCAGACAGGGCAUUGUUCCUGCCAACCGCCUUCGACUCCUUCAGACUGCCCCACCCCCAGGCUCAGACCCCCGUCGUGGUCCCGUUGAGGACUCUGUCUACCUGUCGCCUGUUCCCCCACUGGCCCGGACUGCUGUCGGCAAUAGCGCAGAAGACAUAGAUGGAGUGUAUCGCUCCCCGCCAGGCGUGGGUGAGGGACGAGGAGCUGCCUCAAGGCCCGGGGAGCUCCGCAGAGUCGAGUGUGGGCGCCCACGCUCACACUCCAGCUCUGGCACUCGGCCUAGACCUGACUGGGAUUUAGGGGUGGCAGGGCGUCCACGCUCACCCUCUCUGAGAGGACGAAGCACAGAAAUGACAGGAACACUUUAUCAGACUCCAGUAAGUCCCAUGCCGUUAGCAGCUCAGCAUACCAGACAGCCAGGGGCUCUCAUGGCUUCAGAGUCAGUGUACCUCGCCCCCACCGGAGUUCCAAGGGCGGCUGAUGAACCAGAGGACACUACAUAUCUAGUCCCUAGAGAAACACUAACAGGACACUCUGAAGACUGUUACUUGGUGCCAAAAGGUACACCACUUGCAGGUGACGGUGUUUACCAAUCCCCAACAGGAGGAGUUGCGGUCACUGCUGUCUGCUCUGAUGGCCCUAGUGGAACACUCUGUACCCCACCGUCGAAAGUUAGCCAGGACACACCUGGAAUGUACCAAACACCUACCCCUGUGGGAGCAAGCCUUCACAGGACUUCAGCCACAGCUUUGGCCCACCAGCACCCAUCUCAGUUAUCACCAGUCCAAGCAUCUCCCAGACCUCUGCUCAAGGGAGUUUCACCCAAACCGGCUGUUGCCAAGGGCAAAACGGGCCUGGCCUGUCACCGUGGGUCUCCUUUGCUGAUCCGAGCAGGGCAGGGCAGGGUUCCUGGAUCACCAAAUUUUACCCGCAAACCUCGUCCACCAGCACCUCCAGUGAGGGGAGUCACCAGGAAAGAUGCCACACCAUCAUCAGCUGAUUCUAACAGUGUCCCCAAACCCAAUGCUCAGGUCACUUCUGCAAGCCUGCAGCAAGAAGAGGACAAACAGAGGGGACUUCCUCCGAGUAAAGAGGAAAGGAUAAAUAAUGGCCUGGAGAAAAGUAAUAACAUGCUGAACAAAAAAGUAGAAAUUCAGGAUUACUCAGAUGCCGUGGAUGACCAGGUGUAUGAUACCCCUCCCAGAGGCAGGUGGCAAUGUCCGGUCCCAUCUUCCCUUGGUGAUGAUGAUGAUACUGAUGAUGGCAUCUAUGACACCCCUCGCAGUGUCCCACCACAAGCUGAUUCAGAGACAGAGGUCUAUGAUGUCCCCACCAUCACUCUGAAUUUGUCCACAUCAGAUGUCCAGCCUGACGAAGUUGAUGACGAUGUAUACAGUGUUCCUACACUUCCAGGUUUACCUCUGGGCCCGGGGGAGUCCACCAACAGCCUCUCUGGUGAUGAUGUUGGACAGGUCUAUCGUGUCCCUGGACCUGAGAAACGAGUCGGCAGUGGAGGUCAUAACCGAGACUCUUCUGAGCAUGACUGUGGCAUCUAUGACAUGCCUGCAUUGACUGCGGAAAUCCUCCCUCACUCUUUGUCAUCCUCCUCCACCUCUACUCGCCGUCUCUCUGUUUCUAGUAAUGGUUCAGGUGACGUGCAGUGGAGAGUCACACUUUCCAGCCUUGUCCACUCGGUGCUUAACACAGCCUCCAGCUCGGCCUCCACUCUCUCGUCACGGGACCUGGCCACCUCGUUGGCUGAAAUCCUGUCGACCUGGAAAGCCAGUCAUUCAGAUGAUCCUCCACCGCCUCUUCAGCAGGCAUGGGCUCGUCUAUCUGACCUCCUUCCGGCGUUAUCCGCUAUUGGCAACGCUCCUCCAUCAGAAGGGCUGUUGACGCUAGUUCAGCGCUCCCUAGAGGAAAGUGCCCUCCUCUUGCAGGCUCAGGGCCGACCACGUUUGCCUUCCCAAGAUUCCCUGUCCCGCAGGCCAUUGCCUGCGCUCCCAGUGCCUGAUGGGAAGUCCUCAGGAGGUGGGAUGGGCUCACGUAAAGGUAGCUGGAUCCAAGAGCGGCCCCUGCCACCAACCCCUCAGCCUGCCUUCCCCUUGCCUCCCACUCUGUCGACUGUGACACUUACAGUGGGCCCCAUUGAUGGAGAAGAUGACCCCAGCAAUGAGUAUGCUGGGAUCGGCUUGACUCCCAUACCUGCCCCUGUACCUUCUGGAGACAGUGUUGGAUACGUCAAGCUGCAGGGUAAACCUGAGCCACUUCCUGAUGUCCUGGGUGAGAACGGGCACAUACAAACUAUCACUGCAGAAACAACGUUGACCCCAUCCCCUCCACUUCCUGUGUCUCUCUCCCUGGAGGACUCGGAGCUGCUGUCCUUUUACUCGUCUCAAAGCCUCGCUCACCUCUCCUGCCUGGCAGACGCCAUCGAUGUGCUCUUCAGCAGCGUGCAGGGAAACCAACCUCCCCGCAUCUUCGUCGCUAGAGGAAAGAGUCUCAUUGUGACGGCCCACAAACUGGUGUUUAUUGGGGACACACUCUCCCGCCUUCUUACCUCGGCCGACCUCCGGGGCAAGAUCACAACCUCAGGGGGACGACUCUGUCAGGCCUUGAAGUCAGUUGUUGUGGCAACAAAGGGCGCUGCACAAAACUACCCUUCAGUAUCUGCUACCCAGGAGAUGGUGGACCGUGUCGCUGAGCUCUCCCAGCAAGCAGCUGGCUUCUCCACUCUGCUCCAGCGCCUGGCAGAAAUAUCUUCAUGAUAUUUCAUAUCGCUUGCGUAAAAAACUAUGUUUACACUACACAUUUUCUCUCUUUGAAAUGCCUUAUUUGUUGUUGUUGUUGUUGUUACUCCUUCAUUACCUUUUGUUUGAAUGGGAUUGAAGCGAGCGAAGUUGAAUCCUGGAACACACGUUUAGCCUCGCUGCAGCUGCUACAAAGCUGAGUUUUGACGGUUGGUUCUGUCCUCCGUGCGUGUGUGUGUGUGUUGGUGUGGCUUUGUUUAUAAACUGACCUUCCUAGCUUUGAUGCCACGGCUUUUUGAGUGUUAACUUAUUGAAUAUUUUAAGCUCCUCCAUGACUUUUAGUGUCCAUGCGGACUGUUUGUCUUGGAAGCUUUGCUUUAGUAUGUUUGCCAUAUUUUCUUUCACUCAAUGAUAGCAGUUUUCCUUCCUUCCUCUAUUUAUUUAGCCAUCCCCCCAUUCCAAAAAUAGCCCUGAAGGAGGCCUCACAUCCUGGUUCUGACCUACUUUUUACUUUUAACUUGAAGGGCCUUUUGUUCAUUCUGAAGCUUUUGAAGCACAUAUUAAGUGUUUUGGGCAAACUUCCUAAACCCUAUUCCAUGUGCAAGUGUGUGUUGUGUUUAUGUAGUACCCAUUUCUAUUAGAGGGCAUAGACUAACUGUAGUACAGCUUGUAAUCCACUCAAUGAGGAUAACAAGAAACAUCUCUGUCUACGUUCAUGCAGUUGUACACACCUCUUGAAGAAAAUUAAGAAUCCUGUCUGAAAGAGAGAGAUCAUAUUUGAGUGAGUAAUAUAAGUUGGGUGAGAAAUUGCUUAAUACUGUUCUUUCACACAGUCAUGUGAUAGCCUGGAAAUGGAUAAGGAACCUGUUGACCAAGCUCACCUGUCUUGACACGUCUUGUUAUGAUCUGCAUGCUUACCUUUUUCUUUUCUUUUUUU